AAAACUUUUGGACCCAUAUUGGUGAUCUUCGGUGUGCUGGUGACAUUCUCAAUUGCACCCAAUGAGAUCAAUGAUGCAACACAGUUUCUCCCAAUGACACCAACAAUGGGGUCAAAUGAUAUCAAUGAUGAGGCACAAUUCUUCCCAGUGACACUAACAAUGGGGCCCAAUGAUAUCAAUGACGAGGCACAAUUCCUCCCAGUGACACCAACAAUGGGGCCCAAUGAUAUCAAUGACGAGGCACAAUUCCUCCCAGUGACACCAACAAUGGGGCCCAAUGACAUCAAUGAUGAGGCACAAUUCCUCCCAAUGACACCAACAAUGGGGCCCAAUGAUAUCAAUGACGAGGCACAAUUCCUCCCAGUGACACCAACAAUGGGGCCCAAUGAUAUCAAUGACGAGGCACAAUUCCUCCCAGUGACACCAACAAUGAGGCCCAAUGACAUCAAUGAUGAGGCACAAUUCCUCCCAAUGACACCAACA